GUCGUUGACAUUUUUCCAGUUUUCGGUAUUGUCACGAUAGCAGACGAAAUGAGGGAGUAAAUAAAAACUAUUCACGGACUUCGAAGCGAUGUAUUUGUGCGGGAAAUGGACUCGUUCGUUGUGAUAACAAUUCGUAGCAACAAAAGGACACUGUAAAAAUAACAUUGUGAGGCUUAUCUAUAUUAUACAACUUGCUCAACAAAAAUGGAUUGCUUGUCUUUCUCCCAAGUCCUAUAUGUAUUUGUCCUAAUCCAAAACUUCAACUUGGUUCCAAGAUUAGAAAAGCGUUGUUUGAGCGGAAAUCAUUGAUAUGACGCUUUGUAAAUAUAAAUUGAAAGUAGAAUUCAAACUUUAUCCAUGUUCGAUACAUAAAUAAUUAUACAAGUUAAUCAAUUUAAAUAGCAAAAUGGAAGAAAAUAUAGAGUGUGUAGGUUUUACAUUUUACAAUAAUUUUGAUUCUGCAAACCUUGCAAAAGUUGAAAAAGUGGAAAUCAAUAAGGCUGAAAAUGGUAUGUUCACGUAUGAUUUUCAGUGCACUCAGCUUUGUUACUGUUUCAUAAUAAAAAUCAUUUCAGGUAAAAACGAAAACAAUAAAUCUCAUAAGAAUUCAACACUUGAAGUUCCUAGCUACGAGUUCAACCUUUGGACAAAACAAGAUUGCCAUGGAACAGAGUUCCAAAAUAACAACAGAACUUGGUUUCAUUUUGGUAUAAAAGCUUCUAUGCCAGGAAGUUAUGUGAAGUUAAAUUUAGUUAACUUGAAUAAACAAGUAAAAAUGUUUAGUCAGGGUAUGUGUCCUGUUUUCAAAGUGAUACCAGGACAUCCACAAUGGGAUAGAAUAAAAGAAAAACCAACAUUUAUGGCAGAUGAUAAGAACAAUGAAUUUAUGUUAUCUUUCAAUUACCGUGCUUCAGAAAAUCCUAAUGCCAUCACAUAUUUUGCCUUUACCUAUCCAUUUUCUUACACAGAUUUACAAAAUUAUCUUAAAAAAAUAGAUGCUAAAAUGUCGAAACAAAAUACACAUCUUGCAAAUGACAUUUAUUAUCACAGAGAAUGUGCAAUAAAGUCAUUAGAAGGAAGAAGACUGGACAUUUUGACAAUAAGUUCGUAUUACAAUAAAUCAGUGGAAAGAGAAGCCAAGAUUAAAGACUUAUUUCCAGAGGAAAAUGAAGAACGACCUUAUAAGUUUUAUGAUAAAAAAAUCAUUUUUUUGAGUGCAAGAGUUCACCCUGGAGAAACACCAUCAAGUUUUGUACUUAAUGGUUUUAUAAAUCUAUUAUUGAAUAAAGAUGAUCAAAUAGCUAUAAUGCUUCGACGGCUUUACGUUUUUAAACUUAUACCCAUGUUAAAUCCAGAUGGGGUAGCACAGGGUUAUUAUAGGAUGGACACAAGAGGAGUCAAUCUCAAUCGACUAUACCUGAAUCCAUCUAAAAUAGACCAUCCAACAAUAUUUGCUGCGAAACAACUGCUUAGGUAUUAUCAUAACUGGUAUCGUUUACCAGAAGAUUUAGUUCCUGAUGUACCAGAUACAAACAAUAUUGGUACUAGCACUUUUGACCUUACAAAUAAUAUAAAUUCUAUUUCAAAUGAGACUAAUAAACUGCUUCAGAGGGUAACAUUAAUGUCGCUCGAGGAAAAGAAUAAACGCAUAGAGCAAGGAAGUCGUGUGAGAAAUUAUUUAGUUCAAGCAUCUGAAAAAUCGAUAGUAAAAAAUCAAGGAUUUAUGGACUAUCAACCAAAAUGUAUUGAUAGGGAAGAAGACAUUCCAUGCAGAAAAAUAGGUUCAGCCAGCAAUAUCAAACAAUAUUCUAGAAUUGCCGAAGAUUCUGGAAUAUUUUUAUACGUCGAUUUUCACGGCCAUGCAUCGAAAAAAGGAAUUUUUAUGUAUGGUAACCACUUUGACGAUGCAGAAGAUGCCUCUGCGUGUAUGCUUUUACCGAAAUUAAUGUCCAUAAACAAUUCUAAUUUUCAUUUUACAUCAUGUAAUUUUGCCGAGAAAAAUAUGUACCUCAUUGAUAAACGAGACGGUAUGUCACGUGAAGGAUCUGGCCGAGUUGCAGUGCAUAAGUUAUUUGGUUUGAUUCACAGUUAUACUCUAGAGUGUAAUUAUAAUACUGGUCGAUUGGUGAAUAGCGUGCCUGCAAGACUGAAAGAAAAUGUACAUAAACUUCACAGUCAAAUAUUUGUACCACCAAAGUAUAAUCCAACAGUUUUUGAAGAGGUAGGAGCUGCGUUUGGGCCAUCAAUUCUUGAUAUGACUGGUAGCAAUCCGAACAGUAGACUACCAAACAGUCAAUAUCGGUCUUUAAAAGGACUCAAGUCGUACUUAAAAUUGAUAUCGACGAAUCACUACCAAACAACUUUGAAUAAACCUUUGCUCAAGGUAAAUGUUUCUGACACAGAUAAUGACGUUAUUGAUGUUGAUGAUGUUGCUAAUGCCGAAAUAAGACAAUGCACUUUGUGUUGACAAUUAGAGAGUUUUAUAAAAAAUGUUUUUACCAAGUACUUGUGCCUUGUGGCAAUUUUAUUUACACUUUGGUAAAUAAGCAUUUUCGUGUACUAAAGAAACUCCAACAUAGAUGAUAAAAAAAUUAAAAUGAUUGAAUAUCUUUAUUUAACGAGAUUAGCAGCUCCGUUUUUAGCGUCAGUCACUAAUAUAAAAAAUUUAAAAGUAUUAUGUAGUAUAUAAUAAAGGUUAUACCACAUAGCUUCACUUAUCAAAUUAUAUUAAAGUGUAGUGCCGAUAAAAUUAGCUACUAGCGAUUUAAAAAACUCAAAAGUAAUUAUAUUGCGUUUUUUGAAAUUUAAAUAGUAGAACGAUCCUGUAGGGUAUAUGACAUUGUUCGACGCUGAGAUCUUUUAAUAAGCAUAUUUUUAUUAUUUUGCGCACUAUGUUUUCCAAAUGAACAUGGUAGAUCGAGAAAGGAAUGUUAUAUUUAUUACGUGUACAUACUCAAAAAUUCAAUUGUUAUUAAAAUAUUUUCCUUCUCAUUAUCUACCUCAAAGUUCACUUGGUUACACCAGUAAUCCAUAAUAGUAGUCAAUCAAUUUUUUUCUAAUAAUAUCAUAACAAUGAAAUAACUGAAUGAAUAAAUAUAUUUUUUUUACAUUCAUUAGUUUACACAGUAAAUUAUGGACUACUGUAAAGAAGCACGUUUAAUUUGAUGUUGCUAAUAUUAGUUUAUAAGCACGCUACAGCUUUGUGAUAACUUUGCUUUAUCACUGUAAACAUAUUUGAUGAAAAAAUUUUAACUUUAUUUUUACCAUAUGAUUUCUAUUUAUAGAUAGCUGGAAAGACUGUAGUAUAGUGAAACAGCAUUAUAAUCUAAAAAAACAGGAUCUAAUCUCGUAUAGUUUGUAUCGUAACUCACGCUUUGUUCCUCAAAAAAAUAAAAUAAUAUAACCAAAUGUGAUUGACUGAAAAAAUUAACGUGUUCAGUGACUACAAAUUUAUAUAUCGAAAAAGAAUGAUAAUGUAUAAUGUGAAGUUUUUUCAGCACAUGUGCAUAUAUAUUAAUGUGUAUAUUAGAACGAGCGCGCAGUUUUUUUUCGUACAAGUUAUCUCUCGGACUUAUACAUAUGUGUAUAUAUGGAUGUGUGCAUUAACAUAUAAUUUAUAAUGGUUUUUGUAGAAAGAAACAAAGUGUUGACAAAUAUAUGAUAACUUUUAUAUUUAC